CCUUUAUUACUUUCAUCAGAGCCAUGGAGGUCUUCAAGAAUGGAAACUAUUCAGUAAGAAAGUGGACGGCAAGCGAUAGAGAUGAAGCUGCGCAAGUGAUCAAGCAAUGUCUAGAGCCUUAUGGCCUCCAAUUUGAGCCCCAGGGAGCAGACCUAGACGCCAUUGACGUGGAGGAACACUAUCUAAAGAACGAGAGAGGAGAAUUCUGGGUGGUCAUUGAUGUUAGUAACCAGAGGCUGGUCGGAACUGGUGCCUAUUAUGAAGUGAGCGAGCCUGGUGCUGUGGAGAUAAGAAAAAUGUACUUACUGCCAGAGGCAAGGGGGAAGAAACUGGGACGAUAUAUUCUAGAGAAACUAGAGGAGAGAAUAAGAGAGAGAGGCUACAGAAGGAUCUACAUAGAGACUGCCAGUGUACUGUUCGAAGCUUGCCAACUAUACCAGACUGCUGGGUACCUGUCGGUAGAAGGUGUGGAGACAUUGCGUUGUGAUCAGAAACUCUAUAAAGAUGUAACUGCUUAGCUCUGUUCUGUUAGAAAUAUUUUUUUUUACUGUUUUAAAUUUAUGAGCGAAUAUUGUAUCAAUGAAUGUUCAGACACACUCGA